AUGGAGCGCACUAAAUGGCUGGACGGCCUGCGAGGCAUCGCAGCCGCGAUCGUGGCAUUCGACCACUACUUCAUGGGAGAGGUCUGGCACCCAUUCGUGUCCUUCUGGGCAGACCCCCCGGAGGGAAACCGCCGCUUCGUUCAACUGCCUCCCAUCCGCAUUCUCUUUUCCGCUCAUGCGAUGGUGACGCUGUUCAUGGUAAUCUCGGGCUAUGCGAUCUCCAUUAAUAUCCUGAAAGCCCGACCCAGUCAGCAAUAUUACACGCGGAUCUCCUCCGCCGUCCUGCGGAGGCCAUUUCGUAUUUACUUGCCAGUUCUGGUCAUGGCGACGAUCAGUCAACUGCUGUUUUUCUUCAAUCUCUACAACUGGACCUUCGACGAGGACCUCCUAAAGGGGCUCGAGCCGUGGAAGGCACCGUGGGCCCACGUUGAAUGGCUCUUCCUCUACAUGACCGAUAGCUUGAACAUCAUCGCCUUCGCGUACAACGGAGGGUUCAAUGGCCAGCUUUGGACCAUGCCAGUCGAAUUCCGCGGAUCCAACGUCGUCUUCGUCCUCCUGGUCGGCCUAGCCGCCUGGCGGCCCAAACUACGGCUCUGGUUUCUACCUCUACUAUCUCUCUAUUUCCUCUGGUACGGCCUCUGGGAUACCUUCGGCUUCAUCUGGGGCCUCUUCCUCGCCGAACGUGCAGCAGCAGCAGCCACCCCAGCAACCGGAAACGGCUCGACCCAAACCACCGCCACCGACGAUGAGGAGAAACUGCCCUUCUUCCCAUUAUCGCGCUCCAACUGGAAAUCCCACCUCCUCAACCGCAAGAACUUCACCCUCGCCCGCAUCACCACCACCAUCUCGUUCCUCCUCGGCUACCACCUCCUCUGCCUAGGAGACGACGGCAAGCUAACCCCAGGCUACCAAUGGCUCUCCGUCUUCCACCCGGCCAAAUGGCACGACGACUGGCAACUCAUCCACUGGUGCUGGAAAGUUGUCGGCUCGGCCCUCCUGGUCUACGCGAUCGGCGAAUCCCCCCUGCUGCAGCGCCCAUUUAAUACCAGGCCCGUGCAGUAUCUCGGCAAGAUCUCCUUCUCGCUGUAUCUAGUGCACCAGGCCAUCUAUCAUCUGUUGCGCGAUCCGCUCAGGAAUUAUCUCUGGUUACUGGGAAAUGGCACGGCGUAUCCGGGGAGUGUGGAGGCGGCAGCGACGGAUCCGAUGUCGUUUCAUGUGGCUUGGUGGGCUUCGGGGAUUGUGCUGGGGACGGUGGUGGUUUAUGCGGCGCAUUAUUAUACGAUUUAUGUGGAUAAUAAGUGUGUGGCGUUGACGAAGAGGAUUGAGAAGUGGUUGACUUCUUGA